GCUCCAGAUUGUUGCGCUUGUUGAUCAACGCGAGGGCGCCUCUUUCUCUGGCUGCGGCUUCCGGGAAACGGAGCGCGGGUGGAGGAUCGCCAGCCGGGAUGGCUCUGCGCUCUGCGCCCCUGUUGCUUCUAGUAUUGGUGACGGUCGCCUCGCGGGAGAGCCGCUUCGGCAACUCCUCGCACUCCCUGAAGUAUUUCUACACCUCCAUCUCGGACUCCAGUCAGGAAUCGCCUCAUUUUGUUGUUCUGGGGUAUGUGGACAGUCAGGUCUUUGCUCACUAUGACAGCAACAGCCAGAAGUUCCAGCCUCGAGUCUCCUGGAUAGAGAAGGUGGAGAAGGAAGACCCCCAGUACUGGGAAAAAUACACCGAGAUAUUACGUGACAAUGAGAAGCUGUUCAAAGAAGACCUGGAGAAGCUGAAGACUCGCUACAAUCACAGCAACGGCCUGCACACUUGGCAGAACAUGGUCAGCUGUACGCUCCAGGGUAACAGGAGCAGAGGACUUUGGCAGUAUGGCUACCAAGGGAGGACCUUCAUCGCCUUCGAUGAAAAGACCUUCACCUGGGUGGCUUCCGACCUCCAGGCCCAGGUGACCCAGAGGGAUUGGAAUGCUAAUCCAAGACUGAAUCCGUACAUUAAGACCUACCUUAUGGAGGAAUGCAUUGCGUGGCUGAAGAAGUUUCUGUCCUACGGGAAUGAGACGCUGCUGAGGACAGAGCCUCCAGAGGUGACCAUGAGCAGCAGGACAGAGGAGGUGGAGGAUGGGAUGGAGACGCACAUCUGCCGCCUGGAUGGCUUCUACCCCAGGGACAUCGAGGCCUCCUGGACGAGGGACGGGGAGGUCUGGCUGCCGGACACCCUCCGUGGCUCCGUGGCCCCCAACGCAGAUGGGACCUUCCACGCCUGGCUCAGCAUCCAGAUCGAUCCCAAAGAGAGGGGCCGCUAUCGCUGCCACGUGGAGCACGACGGCCUACCGAAGUCUCUGGACGUGGCCCUGGAGGAACCAAAAUCCAGCCUGGGGAUCAUCAUCAUCAGCUGCGUUGUGGCUGGUCUUGUCCUGCUGGGUGUGAUUGUUGGGAUCUUGGUAUUCCUCAAGAGACGUCAAGAUGACUACAGAGCAGCACUAGAACUAGACUGUGGAAGAUGGGCCCCCUUUUCAUUCAUGCCAGGCUGUUUUGGGAGUGGAGACCCCCAAGGAGAAACAUCUGGGACAAGGAACUCUCCAGAAGGAAGUGAGGAAGGAUCUAAUAAUUCAGAUCAGGGUAAGUCGGAGGGAGCUGAUGCUGUGGAAGCAAUUCUGCCUCUUUCCAAGACUUCGGGUGCAUGGGGGGGGGGGUGGAAGAGAUGAAAAGUGGGAGAGUCCCUCCCCCCUUUUAAAGGCCCUCCUAAUAUCUCCUCCCUGUGUUUCCUCUGUGUCCAAUUCUGGUGGAAUAAUUAGAAUUGGAGCCAGUUUUGCUUUAAUAGUGAUGGUACCAGGUGAAACUAACUGGAAGACGGUGACUCCCAGUCCCAUUUUAGGCAUGAAAGCCAGGCGGGUGUCACAAAAUGCACUUUCCUUGCCUUGCUUUGUUCCUGAGGUGGAGAAGGGAAGCUCUCCCUGUGGGAUUCAGGCAGGGGAGGCAGCCCAGAGUCUGCCUGGUGGAGCCUGGCCCCCUUUGGAGGAGAGAGAGCCCUCAAUUCCUUGGUGGGAAAUAGGGAAACCAACGGCGAUGCCGCAAACCCCAGUGAUUGGAGUCUCUUCCGAUGGCGUAGCUGAGACCUGGCUGACUCUGGAAGAUGG